AUGACCCAUAAGUGCCAGGCGGACACAGAAACUUACGUCGAACCGAGAAAUGCGGGAAGUGCACUACACGAGCAGCGCCAAUCGUUUAUGGACAUGUGGCAGCGCAUCGGCGUGGAGCCAGCAGAGCCUCUGGUGUGCCUGGGGGUGGAGCCGCGGACGACUGGCGGGAGAAGCGCGGAAGAGGAGAAAUUAAAGCCAGGAUUGGGGGCGGAGGAGAAGGAGGAGGAGGGGGAACGAGGCCUCUUUGUCUUUUCACCCAGAACCGAUCUCCCAGGUUCCCCCUCCGCUGGUCCCUCCGCUCCCCCUUCUGUGCCUUCCGCUUCCCCUUCCACCCCCACCUCUCCCCAUUCUGCGCCUUCCCCUCCCCCGUUUGCGCCCGCGCGUCCCCCCAUCCCCACCGGCACGCCUCUUCUCUCCGUGCCUCUGCGCGCCACGCUGUGGGUGCCUCUGCACGCCACGUCAGCAGGAGCGGGAGGAAGGGGGAGCGGGAGUCCAGUGCAGCGACUGGCGAUUGCGCUGCUGCAGGCGGUGUGCGGGGAACGGGACGGUGGGAUGGGCGCGGGGGAAGGGGAGAGAAAGGGGGAAGCAGUGGGGAUGGAGGGUAGUGGGGAAAAGCAGAUUGAGGUGGAGGAGGAGGAGACGAGUUUCGAGACGUCUCAACAGAUGGCGGGCGGCAUAUGGCGGCAGUAUGCAGAGGAGCUGCUGCCGAGAGAGAUAGAGGCACGUGUUCAGACCCUGGUUGAUUGGAGCGAGGAGGACCUAGAGCACCUGCAGUCGCCCCCAACAGCAGCAGAGACCCUGGCUGAUUGGAGCGAUGAGGAGUUAGAGCACCUCCAAUCGCCCCCAGCAGCGGCGGAGGUGCGAGCAUACGCGGCAGAGAUGGCCGCAAUGGAAGCGGCAGUGGCAGCAGCCGUGCCAGGGGCGGGGAGGGAGAGAGCGCGCUGGGCUCUGCGUGUCGUCACCUCACGCUCCUUCUCCAUCUCCCAUGCCACUGACCCUGCCGGUUCUGCUGGUGCUACUGGUGCUGCCGGUGCUGCCGAGGCUGCCGGUGCUGUCAAACCUGCCGAACCUACCGAAGGUACCGGUGCUGCGGAGUUCAGAGGAGCCGCUGUGGACUCGCCGCUCAGGGGCGGGGGUGGUGGACUGGUGGACUUGCCAUCUUCGUUUCAGGUGCUGGUACCCCUGGUUGACAUGGCCAACCACGCCUGCAGCGCUGCCACGGAUUCACAUGCAGCUGUGCAGCCCUCUGCCACGUGGCGCAUCAGGAGAGGGCGGACGCAGGGCUUUGCAUCCACGCCAUCCCCUCCACGCUUUGAGCUGCUGGCAUCACGCCCUCUCCGGCCCGGCGCCCAAGUGACCAUCUCGUACGGCCCCCUCACCUCCCUCGCCUUCCUGCUCUCCUUCGGCUUCCUCCCGCACAGCAACCCCGCCAACCGAAUCACCAUCUACUCCCACUCAGAGAAAAUGAUGGAUGAUGUGGAGGAGAGGGUAACGCGCCUGCAGCACAAGAGGCACCUGCUCUCUCAGAUGACCUCAGAGGACGCCCCUCUCCUCGCCUACACCGGCGGCCUAGCAGUGAAGCUGAUGGAGUGUCUGCUCGUGCUGCAUGCAUCAUCAGCAGACGAGCUAGCUCAUCUCGACCACCACUGGACCGCCUCUCGCUCCCUCACUGCGGCCAACGUCUCCCCGCGCACACGAUCCGUGGCAGCGAAGCAGCUAGUGGAUCGCUGCAGAGAGCUCCUGAAAGACUACCCAACCACACUGCCAGCCGAUGAAGCACAGCUGGAACAGCUCAAGGGGGGCGCGGCGAGUGAUGAACGGAGCAGGCAGAGUGAGGGGAGUGAGGGAGGAGAGGUGGGUGAGCAUGAGCAGGAGGGAAAAUCCAGGCGGCGCAUGCAGGCAGCAGUGGGGUACCGAUUGGAAGAGAAACGGAUCCUUGCAGACGCCAUUGCUCGCUACGGCCGGAUGGUGGUGGUGGUGUGA